AUGGAAGGACUAGAGUCAGGUUUGGGAGAACUUUUGGCAGAUUCCAACCCUACAAAUAAUGAAGCCUCCAACAUGGGCCACGACCCACUGUCUCAGUUCCUCUCUGACUGGGCCAAGGCAAAGGAAGCCAAGGACUCCAAUGCGUUUUUCUGCACAUUGGCAACCGUGACGGAAGAUGGAGCUCCAGAGCUUCGGAUGCUAGCGUUACGAGGAGUGGACGCAGCCAGGGGGACCUUUUUGAUUGAAACUCAUGACAGUUCCCCCAAAUUCCAUCAAUUGAAGGCCAACGGCAAGUGGAGUCUCUUGACGUUUUGGAACCAACCGAUCAUGAUGCAAUAUCGCAUCAAAGGCACUGGAAUUACGCUGUUGGACGCCACGGAAAUGGAAGAACGAUUCCAGAAAAAGCCAAAGUCCGCACAACUGUUGCCACUGUACUAUGCCAAUCAUCAGGCACAGAGCAGCGUUCUAAAGGGCGGACGGGAAGAGUUUGUGUCAACAAUGAAAGACUUGCUGAACAAGGAGUAUGCUGAAAAGCCAGUUCCAUUCCAGCCUUCCCUGGUAGGAAUCCAAUUCAAGCCGGAUGUCAUUGAGGAAUGGCGGGGAUCGGCCGCGGAUCGAUUGCAUGAACGAUACCGAUACGUUUACCAGAAAUCAGAAGCCGGGUUGUGGAAUAAGGAAACUCUGGUCCCGUGA